AGAAACACGGGCUAUAGUGUUAUUCGAAGGUGUCGACAAAGAUUUCCUUUCGGAAGCUAUAAAAGGCUCGUGGUUGCGAAUCUGGGGGUCCUUCAGAAGAGACUAAGUCAGCAACUGCUGAAGCUAAGGCAUCCACGCCCUGAUGAUUAGCCUCACUGCUUGGGCACGUUUGUUGUUUUACGCUGUCUUGCUGACUGCCUGCUUAUAUUUGACAAGUGAUGGUGCUGCGACUUGCUAUUACUGCAACUCAAGAGAUGACAGCUUUUGCAUUCCAGAAUCACUAGAUGGAGUCGGCACAAGAAGUUGCGAAAGCGGCGAGACUGUCUGCGCGGUUGCCAAGACGGAACCACCGUCACCUGAUGGUAAUACAUCUAAUCAUCAAUACGUCCGAUACUGCGCCUCGGAGUGCUUGAAAUUCAACACCACAUUCACGACAAAAGGCCCAGAUGGUAUCACGAAACACUGCGUCCUCUGCUGUUCCGACCAGGACCUUUGUAACAACUACACCAUGGACCCGUGUAAUCCAUCCAUGGCGGGACGCCUGGGAUACGAGACUUUUACCAUUGCACUUCUUGGUGUUCUUGCUGUAGUUUCACGCUACGUCUUGUAAAUCAAAAGUUGUUAUUGAAUACUACAUGGCAUUAGCACGGUAUUACGUGUGGACUGUUUUGUGUAUGCGGUCUAAUCACAGUCGCGGAAUCAUAGCAAUCACUGACACAGCAUAAGUUAAAUCCAUCUUCAAAAUGUAUUACAUGGACCGUUAACAUGACUGCAUCAACUCACUCCUGGCUAAGUCAUUACACUGUCACGUGUGAAAAAUGAGUCACAAACUGUAAGAAGAAAAGAACCCAUUGCACUGAACUUAGAGACGCAAAGUGAAGUAAGAAGUUAAACCGAGAAAACCGAGAGUGUCAGGUGUCGCUAUGUUGCUGCCUACCAAUGGUGCAACCCCUUUGUUUCACACUCAAUGCCCUCAUUUUCUCUAAAUUGUUCGUUUAGACGUAAUCAAACCUUUGUUGUCAUAAUGAUGUACAAAGUACUCUCAUCUAUUUUUCUAUGCUAGCUAUAUAUAUUAUAUUACAGCGAUUAAAAUAAAUAUAUCGUUAAUCUGAUAA